AUGUCUACAAAUUCAAAGAAUCCUACAUCCUCAGUUGACAAUAGAGUGGGUCCCGACUUUUUUGGGUUUUUUACUACCGAAGUUGUUGAACUAUUGUCUAGAGAUGAAGGAAAGAGGUCAAUUAAGAAUAGCGAAUCCAAAGAGAACAAUGGUGCCAUCGGUUCAGAAUCAUUGUUCAAUAAUGGUGUAGGAGCUUUACUCUCAGAUUCAAAACGAGAGAGUCUCAAAUCUCUACUCAGACAAAGUGUUUUUACCCUUACUAAGGAGGUAGAUGAGAUUGUCGAUCCUAUUCUCUCCAUUUGCCGUAUUCAUUCGUGCUUGAAAUGCAAGGAACAACUUUUAUGCCUGGAUGCCUCAGCGUGCAAAGUUGAUACACAACAACCACACAAGAAGCUCAAACAUGGAUGUUCUAAUGGGAACACUGAUACUAAAUAUACCCAGGAAUGUUCAGAGAUUGAUGAUGACAUGCGGAUUCUUUUAGAGAGUGAUACAACUAAGGUUGAGGAACUUGUGAAGAAACAAACCAAUGAAUUUUCUACCACGUUGUGUCACAUGGAGAAGAAGCUUGAAGAACUACUGAACACUUUGAUGACCAGUUGCAGGUACCUGUUUAUUUGA